CGCACGCGGCACGCGGCUCCCCCUGCUGGCGGCGUGCUGCCACCUCUGGCACCGCGGCGCUGGACCUUGUUCCUGACGACGCCCUCGUGAAAUGGAAAAGUCAGAGCCAGAGGAUAGAAAAGACUCUGAGUGCGAGGUGGAGAUGGCGGAAGGCGCCCAGGCCCCAGACUGGGACAGUGAUGAGACGGUGAUAGACGGGUCGGUGACAGAGAGCGACCAGGAAGAAGAGGAGCUGCCCUGGAGAAGGCUACUCUUUGGUCAAGAUGCAUCUCUUGGAUCUGAGUUCAGUCUCCAUCCUGGUCUAAAUGGAAUACACAAAGGCAUACCUUCUCCAGAGAUUCAGCUUGGAUUCAAACUCAGAGAGGAUCCACAAGAGCAAAUAAAUAAAAAUAAGAUGAUGCCUGUGCUUUGUGAGGAUGCAGUCUUACAGCAACCUCAAGAUGAAAUGGAACAAAAUGAAGCUUUGUUACAAUUGAAAGAAAAUUGUUAACUGAUUUCUUUUCUUCAAUCAACUUUUAAUUUGAACCACCAAAGUAUUGGAGGGCUUGAGCCUGAAAAUCCUGAAGUGUUACCACACACAAAAAAGGAAACAAGUACAGAUGGAGACUCUUGUGAAAUAAGCCUUCUUUCAAGUAUUACUAUUAAAGAAUAUGAUACAUUUGCUGUAGAGGAGAAAUCAUUAAUAGAACCAGAGAAGGUCUUGGCAGUACCAAAUACAUUUUCUGAGCUUGGAAAGGAAGUCACAUUGACCAUGACUUCUGAAGAAACCAAAGAUGAAGAAAGCUCUCUCGAAACUUUUGUUUCUGCCUUAGAAGGGUUACUGACAUCACCAGAAACUACCCAGGAGGAAAGACUGUUUGGCAUAAUGAGUGACUUUGAACCUAGAGAGUUGAUGAACCCACUGAACUGCUCUCCAAAUUCCAUUUCAAUACCCUUGACCUGUCACAGAGAUUUACUAGAAAACAAAAAGGAGGAUGCCUUGCCAGCUGAGUUGUUAGCAUCCCUAAAUGCAUUGUCAGAAGCCAUGGAAGCCGUCUAUCACAGAAAAGAGGGAGGCAUCAGUCUCAGUGCUGAAAAUGAAUGUUUGGGAGUGGAGCCUCGUCUGUCUCAGAUCGAUGAAGAUUGUACACAAAUAGGAGAGACUCUAGAAGACCCAAAUUUAUUUGGAUUGGAAACUUUGGUUCAUCAAAAUGUCAACUCUUGUGAUCCACUAAAUAACAAGGGAAAUUCAAAUCCAGCAAAAAACAGCUCUGACCAGGAUACCCCACUUGUGUUAAGGAGAUCAUCCAGACUGAAAGUAGGCAGAGAUGCAAAGCCCACAACAGAUGACAUGUUUAAGAUGCCAGAAAAGAUUUCACCCAAAAUACUUGGCUGUGAGAAUCAAACAAGUAAUAACUCUUCAACUGAGAAUUUCAGAACACGGAGUCCUGCUUUAAGGAUUGAAGGUAAAGGGAAGACCAUGCGUUCAUCCAGACUCAAGAGUGGAGAACAGAUCAGGAAAAACAGAAAACUUUCAGGGAAAAAUGAAAAAAAGAAGAUGAAUGAAUUAUCUCUUUCUAAGAUUAACCGGAGAAACAUUUUUGGAGAGAACUUGCUGUAUAAGGCUGCUCUGAACAAUGAUACUGAUCUUGUUCAUCACUGUAUAAAAAAAGGUGCAGAUGUUAAUCAACCAAGUCAUGCUGGUUGGACAGCACUUCAUGAAGCUAGCAUAGGAGGAUUUUAUCCGAUAGUGAAUGCACUGUUAAAAGGUGGAGCGGACGUAAAUGUCAGAGGAAUGUACCAGAUCACUCCCCUGCAUGAUGCUGUGAUGAAUGGACAUUAUAAGGUGGUAAAGUUACUUCUUUUGAAUGGAGCAGAUCCUUUAUUCAGAAAUGCCAGUGGAGAGUGUGCUUUGGAUGAGGCCAAAGACUCAUGUAUGAAGCGUCUCCUUGAGAGAUACGUUCCUAAACAUCAAAAACAUCUUAUAUCAGCUCUAAAGAACGACACUGAUCCCUCAGACAUAGAGGAUGCGCACCAGCACAAGAAACCAAAAUUCAGUUCUAAAAAUCACAGUGGGUUUGUUUGUGAUGAAAAUUCCAACAGACAGAAGCCAGAAUAUGUAAAAGUCAAUAAAGGAAGCAAAGAGGGUUUAUUUAUAACUAAAGAAGAUGUAUAUGAACAUCACCAAAAAGAUUCCCCAUACACACAACUUGGUAAAUCCAAGCGUAAGCGAUCAACUCUUAAGCAGAUAUACUCUACAGGACGCAGAAAGGACAAUUUCCAUAAUGCUGAGAAUCUCAGGACAAAAGUGUCUAAAGAUAAAGAAAGAAGAGGUACACAGUGUAAAAGGACUCAAGUGGAUGAUGCAGUCCACGAAAGCAGUCCAAGAAAGACAAAGACGACAGCUGUCUCUUCUUCCAGAGGAGUAAACCAGGUGGUUACUUGUCAGCAACAUAUUCUGCAGACCUUUGAUGACCUUCCAGAAGAGUCAUGUAAAUCUUUUAGCCCAGUUCUCGCAGGCCUGAAAAAUGGUUUAGGUAACAAUGUUGAAACUUGGUCAGUUUCUGAGGAGACAUGUACCCGGAGCCUGAAUUUAUCAGAUAGUCAAGAAAUAAAAUUUGUGGCAUUAGAAUCCAUUGACCAAGCUGAAGCUGUUUAUUUCUCAGGACUUUCUUUACAUAAAAAUACCAAGUUUACAGAUCAGGAGCCUCAUACUCACCAAGAAGAACAGCAUAUUAGCCCCUAUAAAUCUCAUGCAAACAGUCAAUCAGGUCAAAAAGAUGAGAGCCUUAGUAAGUGGGAAAAAAUUUCCCCAUCCUUUACAAAAGAAAAUUUUAAUAAUGAUGAUGGUGAUUCCUGUGCUACUGAGGAAACUGUAACAUCUAAAAAGGUGAUAAUUUCUUCAGGUUGCAAAAACCAUGAGAAUUAUAAAGAGAAUACAACAAUUAGCAAAAAAAUGGAUUUUCAACAAUUUUUAUAUUCUGAAGACCGUUUUUCACAGGAAAAUGAGUUAAAAGCAGGCAGCCUGGCCAUACUUCCACAACAGGAAGCUGUUAAUUUUUCUAAUUCAGAUAAUGUAAUAGUUUCUGAACAUGUUUCAGAUUAUGAACCAUGCACAUGUGGAACUUCUUUUGAUCACUCACAAGGCAGUGCUGAGUGUACUUCCCUGGCUUGUACAAGAACACUCUCAACAAAAGAUGUUUCAGAGUUGACCAGUCACAUGGAGCUCUUUGAGAGCCCUCAGGAUUGUAGUCCUAGCACACCGACUCAUUUAAGGAAUCAAACCGAUCCACAUACUGUGGAAAAGGAAGAAAAGGAGGUCAACACUAAGAGGAAUUACACUGACAGAGAGCAAAAAACAAGUUCCUCACAUAGCCCUUUAUCCACAGUUGUUCAUUCUCAAGUAUUAGAAACAACUAAGGUUGAAAAAAGGAGAGAAGAAAGCAAAACCAUACCUGAUACAGAUUUUUAUUCCACAGACAGUAUCAAUAAAGAAUUGACCAGCAUCUCACAACUUAGUCAAAGAGAAGAGAAGGAAAUUUCUCACAAACCAGGUGAGGAAUUAACUAAUAAUAUCAAUGGAGAUGAAAGCACUAUAAGAAAUUGUGAGGAUAAAAAAGAAAAAACAGAUUUAGAAAUUCACAUGUCUACUAGUAUCCAAGAACAUAAAAAAGUUCAGAAUAUCAGAAAAAGACAAAAUUUCUUGAAAGCUACCUGUAGCCAAGAAAUGAAAACAGCUGGGAUCAAUAAGAGGCAUGCCAGAGGGGAAAGCCGGCUUCAUUUGGCUGCCAGAAGAGGAAAUUUGUCCCUGGUGAAAGCUCUAAUAGAAUCUGGAGCAGAUGUGAAUCUAAAAGAUAAUGCAGGUUGGACACCACUUCAUGAGGCAGCUAGUGAGGGAUGUAAUGAUGUAAUUGUAGAGCUGUUAAAAGCUAGUGCUAAUGUUAAUUGUGAAAAUGUAGAUGGAAUUCUGCCCUUACAUGAUGCUGUUGCAAACAGUCAUUUAAAGGCAGCCGAGAUUCUACUGCAGCAUGGAGCAAACCCCAAUCAAAAGGAUCAGAAGCAGAAGACUGCUUUGGAUAAAGCAGAUGAUGAAAACAUGAAAGACCUGCUAAAAUCUUAUGGUGCUAUUGAGACUCAUAAUAGAGAUGAGACUGAUGCUGUAGUCACUGUUCCUGCUAUCCGGUUAAAAAAACAAAAACAGUGUUUUUGUGAGGACUGCAAAACUUUCGAUACACAUUCUCUUUCACAUCAAAAGAAAACAGAAGAAAACCUUCCUGUGCAUCAGACCAUCAGUUCCAUUCUACAAGAUAUAGAAGAAAAGCAAGAAAAUUUAUUACAGUUUGAAAUAAGAACUCCUGAAGAUGCAGAACAAUACAUUGAUAAGAUGUUAAAGAUAAAGGAGGUUAUGGAUGAUGUGCUUGCCAAGCAGAAGGCAGAAAGGGAUGAUCUAGCUAAAAAAUACAGGGUGUCCAUUGAAUCAUUUAAGCAUGGAGUGCUGAGAGAACAACUAGCUAACUUGGCCACAAGACAGAAGAGCCUGUUACUUGUAGCAAAAAAACAAAAAGAAAUAAGCCAGAAAAUUCACAACUAUAAGAAUGUUACUUCUUCGUCAGAUCAUAGUUUCAGGAAGCUGCCGUGCAGCUCAGAAAUCUGUAAUGAAAAGGACAGCCGAGAGUUUGCCGGUCUGGAAAAUUCAGUGCAGCCCCAGUCAGGUUCACUUUCUCCUGUCAGGCCUGUUUGUGGAAGCAUGCAGAAAACACAGUUGUGUCUGGAAAUCUGGCAUGAUAGACAAAAUAACAACACUAGUCCAAAAUCAAAGACAGUGAGAAGGGAAGAAUUUUGUGGAAAUGAGAUGAAUUCUAAACGAAAUGUCAAUGACUGUACCUCGAACGGAUUAUCAAAAUGCAGACAUUCAGAUGGCACUAAAAAGAUUAAAUUAUCAUCCCAUCCUGUUAAUUUUAUUGCUCAAGCAGAACAUUCACAAAAAGAAAGUGAUCUUACUGAUACUACAGCCCAAGGGCAUGCGUCCUUUGGUCCUUCAGCAUUAAUUGGCACAUUAAAUGUUUCAGAAACCACAAGUUUACUUGACCACAGUGAUGCCCAUCCAUCAGCUGUUAUUUAUGAUCAGGCUCUUUGCAGUUGUGAUCUGAAAAAAGGAAGCAGGAAAACAGCUUCCCAGCAACCAUCUAGGGGGACAUCAGAAUCCCUGGCACAUCAAGAAAGUGAUGUCUUCUUUGGCAGUAACACUGGGCAUCAGGUGAAACCAUAUCCUAAAAAAUCACUUCUUGCGGUUCCACAUGCAGAUGGCAGUCAGAGCUCCUCCUCUUCUGGAUCUGGCCGUCAAAAUACUAUAAAAAAGCCGUUAAACUCCAGCACAUCUCCUAAAAAGAAACGUAUGCAGAUAAAGGAUCUGAUAUUGCUAGGAAGAAUUAAUCCAGGAAAUAACAUUCUGGAAUUUAAAACACAGGAUACUACCCACAAAGCCAGUGUUUUAUUGAGUGGCAAAAUUAAGGUAGAAAAUGGUCAGAUUUAUCAAAACCCAGUCACCUGGCUUAAGGAUCUUCUAGGAGGUGAAAGUUAUGUGACCUGGAACUAUGCUUGGAGUAAGAUAACAUAUCAGGGAAAGGAGCUUAUAAAGUAUGUGUCUGAGGAGUUACCCAUGCCUCCAGACCCAGAUGUGCUACCUCAGCAGCAUCAGCCUUGUCUUUCAGGAACUUCAGGAGGGUCAAUGCAAAGCAUUCCACAAUAUCUUCAUAUAAAUGAAAUACUGUUAAUCAGCGAUCAAGAAUUUCUCCCAUGCCAUAUAAUGGAUAAGCAUUGGAAGUUCUAUGUGGAAUGUGAGGAACUAACAUUCUGAAGCCUUGUUGUCUUAAUAAUGUGUUAGGUAAUUGUUCAUAUUAUUAACCAAUGUUCCUGUUUUGUCUCAUGUGGGCUGGUGAACCUAUUUAACACACACUUUAUGAGUUGCUGCUUAAGAUAUGUGUUUAUGUUGCAAGAAAAAAUACAACUCUUCAACUAUUGUAGUAAGAUUAAUAAUUUUUUGCCAUAGAAAUAAAAGCAUUUCUGACAUAAACCGCAUUGACUUUCUGGCUUUCUUUUAACUAACAUAAACUUAAAACUAAUCUUUAAAUCAACACCUUUGCUUUUACAUAAAUAAGUUGUUCCUUGUGGGAAGUAAGGAUACAAAUACAAGUGAUCACUGGUCCUGAAAAGUCUCCAGUGAAGUGAAUCUACUUAAAAAGAAAAGCCCAUUUACUUGGAAUUUAUCUUGACAUCAAAAUGUGAAAUUAUGAAAGUUUUAAGUUUCAUAAAAUGUAGUAUAGAUAGAAUUAUAGCUGUGCUAAUAAGUCUUAGAACAAAAAAUGAAUUGAGUGUGGAUUUAACAGUUUUAUAAGCUUUCUUCAUAAAGGUCUGUCUCAAUCCUUUGAUAGCCAUCUUACUCUUCUCUGCCAUUCCCCCGAUUCCCAAAUACACUCAUUAAAUCUGUGGCCUAACUCUAUACGUUCUCCCUCAUUUGGUUAGAGAAGUCAAAGUUGCAAUAAAAAUUACUCUAGCAAGUACUAGAAUUGGAGGAAGGGGGAGGAGCAAUAUGGUGCUGCUUUUUGAUAUUUUCUCAAUUUAAAUGUACAGAAUCUUAAAUAUCUUUAGAAGGCACAAGAAAGUUGUCAACAGCUGUCUGAGGAAAGAACAAUUAUGGGACCAGGGAACUGAGGGGAAAGGACUUUUUGAAAUUGGUUCUGUAUAUGUGUUCUCUCUAUUCAGAUAAAAAUUGUAACUACCUGGAAAGAGAGCACCUGGAAAACGAGCACCUGGAAAUGUUUGCCUAUUAAUAAAACUGUAAAGAUAGAUCAGUUUGGUUUUUUUUCCUUUAAAAGUCCAUUGAAAAUGUUUAAGAUAGAAUGACCCCACGUGUUGUAGUGUCUGAGAAUUGAUGAGAAUUUUAUUACCACAUUAUUUUCUUAGACUACCCUAUUUUUCUAAUUUUUGAGUAAUCUACCCCAUAUAUUUGGCUUUUAUUACUUAAGGAGAUAUCUAAAACAUGGACCAAUUGGGAAUACAUGUAGUAAC